AUGUCCCGCACACUAUGCAUCACCGCCGCUGACGGCCAGAUUGGCCACAUGGUUACCGAACUGCUCCUUACCAGCGACCAGUUCAAACCGAAGAUCAAGAAAUUGGUUUGCGUCACCCUCCAUCCCGAGAAAUGCACAGAUCUCGAAGAGAUGGGCGCUAAAAUCAUCACUCAUAAACACAGUGAUCCCGCAGGGCUUGUGGAAUCUCUCAAGGCAUCUAGUGUCGACACCAUAUUCAUGAUCCCUCCUGCACAUGCCCAUAAGCUGAAGCUUUCACGAGAUUUGCUCAAGGCUAUCAUAGCCGCUGGAAUCAAAAACACAGUCUUGCUCAGUGCAGCUGGGACUGACCUCGCCGAGGAAAAGACCGAGCCCCACCUUCGCCAAUUCACAAAGAUCGAAACUGAAUUGAUGCAUAUGCGGUAUAAUGAGGGUAUGGAGAAAGCAAGCUCUUGUAUCAUUCGCGCUGGGUAUUACGCUGAAAACCUCUUGCUCUGUGAGAAGGACGUGAUAAACAACGGAAGGCUUCGUCUGCCGAUCGGUGACAAAAAUUCAUUCGCCCCUAUCGCGCUUGGCGAUGUUGUCAAGGUCGCGGCUCAUAUCCUGGUCAGUCAGGGCCCGAAAGGUUUGAGUGAUCGAUUCCGAGACCAGUUGAUCACGCUUACGGGACCAGAGACGUGCGACGGAGUUGAGUUGGCCGCUGCGGCUUCUCAAGAGGGAGUUAACAUUGGAUUCGCCGAUAUCUCUGACACGGAGGCGAGACAGCUUCUUGAUUCGGACACUGACGUCGACAACUAUGAGAAACAAUAUCUUCUUGACUACUACUCGCUUGUGCGCGAGGGGAAGACGAACUAUAUCAGUACUCUUGAUUUCGCGGUCAUCACAGGGGAAGAACCUACGAGCCUCCCCGAUUUUUUCAAAAUGUAUGGGUCGAAGUUCAAACCAAAGAAGUGA